CCAAGAGCUGAAGUUGUUUCCCUUGGUUUGAUUGUGACUUUGCUAAAAAAUGACCACUUUUGUAUUAUUAGGAAUUAUUGAUGAGCCAUGUAGUUCCUUGCAAAUUAAUUGGUCAUCAAAUAAAAUAGGUGGACACCCCGAUUGGAUAAUACCUCAAACAAGCCCAUCAUGUUCAGAAUGUAAUAAACCAAUGGUACUUGUUGUACAACUUUACUGUCCUUUAGAUGGUUCAGUAUACCACAGGACACUAUAUGCAUUUACAUGUGUCAACUGUAAGGGCAAUAAAUGGACAGUUAUACGUCAACAAACACAGAGCAAAAUUGAAAGUAAAGCAAUAGCAAAAAAGGUAUCAUCUACUAAAAUUGAUAAUGAUUGGGGCGUUAAAACAGAUGAUUGGGGAACUGAUAUGGAUGAUUGGGGCGUUGAAACAGAUAAUUGGGGAACCGAUGCAAAAGAUUGGGGAGGAGAAUCUAACCUAAAUGGCCUAUCUGAUAACACAUUGGACACAGAACAAGUAGAUUCAAAUAACACUGAGUCAUUUGCUGAUAAAAGCAAUGAAGAAUGCUUAAGAAGCAAUAUGGAUUAUGAUCCUCAGUUAGUAACUUGCUCAGACUUAAACAUACCUUCAAAAUCAAGCUUUUUAGCGAAUAACACUGGUAGCAUGAACAAUGAUGAAGAAGAAUUAGUAACAGGAUUAUCAAAUAUAGAAGUUGAUGGUACUGAGAAUUCUAUGAAUGUCAUAGUAGAAGAUGAUAUGGUUGAUACUGACCGAUUAAAUGAGGUGAUGUCAGUUAUAAAAGAGACAGCUAACAGCCAUGUGAAUCCUUUACCCAGCCAACUGUGUUUGCUUUCAUUUUAUGUCAGUGUUUUGGAGGAACCAGAAGAUAGCUUGGAUUCAGCAGAGGAAAAACAUAUAAAACAGUUACUAAAAAGUUAUGAGAGGGAGCAAGGAGCUGUUGAUGACGAGGUGCAGGCAAGAGGCAAUACCGGUAGUAGUGCUGGUGAAAAAUAUGAGAAAGCAACUCAUGUUGAUAAUUAUUUUCAUAAAUUUUCCAAGAGAAUAGGAAGAUAUUCAUCACAGAUAAUCAGAUAUAAUUGGAAUGGAAGCCCCCUGUAUAUCAGCAAACCGGAUACAGACUUAUUUAAAGCAUCACAAGGAAAAUGCCACAGUUGUGGUAGUGAACUUGUAUAUGAGUUUCAAAUAAUGCCAGGACUAAUAACCAAACUUAGUUUCAACAAAAAAAAAGGCACUGGUAUAGAAUAUGGAACAGUAGUUAUAUACACAUGUAAAGCAAGUUGUUGGACUGAGUCAAAUAACUGUCAUACUGAACAUGUAUUUAUACAGUCAGAUCCUGACCAGCAUUUGUUGAAAUAAUUGUAUAAUAAAACCAUCUGAUGAGAUAA